CUUUGCAAGUGCUGACUUUGCUGAUAAGCAUGUCAGUUUAGUAAGGUUUCAGUAAUUUGAGAAUAUGUAAGUAAUACACAUAUUUAAAUAUUUAUAUUUUUAAUUGUGUUACCAAUGUUUAAAAAAAUUACUAUCUCAGUAUGAAUCAUCCAUAGCGCAGCAUAUCAUUUGCAAGUGAACCGUCAAGGAGUCGAAGUGUCUCAUUGUCAAGCUCACAUCACAGAGGAAGACUCUGAAAGUCAAGAAUUAUCAUGUCGAAGCGGAAAGAAAACUCUGAAAAAUUACCUGGCGAAUCAUCCUCCAGCAAAGCCAAGAAGCCAAAAUUGCCGGAACCUGAUCCUGAAUCGGAGAGUGGCUCAGAAAAUGAAGACUGGCAGGAUGACGAAGAUGGAGGAAUUCGUGUGGCUGGUAUCUAUAUCCCACCUCCUAUCAAGCCUGCGUGUACCUCCGAGAAUACCGGUGAAGCCAGACUAAUUAUCACUCAUAUUGUCAAUGAGAAUUUCAAAAGUUAUGCCGGAAAGGAAGUUCUUGGACCAUUCCACAAAAGUUUUACAUGCAUAAUUGGCCCAAAUGGCUCUGGCAAAUCAAAUGUCAUUGAUUCAAUGCUGUUUGUGUUUGGCUAUCGUGCCAGCAAGAUUCGCUCGAAAAAAAUCUCCGUCUUACUUCACAAGUCUGAAAAACAUCGCGACAUUAAAAGCUGCACAGUGCAAGUUCACUUUCAGUUGAUCAUUGACAAGGAUGGUGAGGAGUAUGAGGUUGUGCCAAACUCAAAAGUUGUUAUUGGGAGGACAGCAUUUGCUGACAACUCUUCUUUUUAUACACUCAACGAUAAGAGAGUGCAAUUCAAAGAGGUAGCUAAAGUGUUGGCUCGUCAUGGUAUUGAUCUGAUUCACAACAGAUUCUUGAUUCUACAGGGUGAAGUCGAGCAAAUAGCCAUGAUGAAACCAAAAGGCCUAACACCACAUGAAACAGGCAUGCUGGAGUACUUGGAAGACAUUAUUGGAACCACCCGCUACAAAACUCCAAUCCAAAAACUUGAGGAACAAGCAGAAAUUCUCAAUACAGAAAAAACAGAGAAACAAAAUCGCCUCCAACUUGUUGAGAAAGAACGUGAUGCUUUAGAAGAGCCUAUGAGAGAGGCCAUCAAGUUCCUUGAGACAGAGAAUGAAGUUAACCUUCUUCGUAACAAGCAUUGGCAAAAAUACAUUUACCUACACAAGAAAGAUAUUGAGAAGCUGGAGGCAGAAAAAGCAGAAAUAGAGGAAGGCAUGUCUGAAUUGAAAAAGAAGUUGAAAGAACUAGAAGACAGCACGAAGGAAACUACAGAUUCAAUCAAGGCCAAAGAAAAGGAACUAGCGGCAAUGAGGGAGCAAUUCGAGGCUAAAGACCAAAAAUUCAAGCAAUACUCACUACAGGACACCACAAUUGCUGCCGACCUAAAAGAGACCAACAAAAAGCGGAAAAAGCUGAUGGAAGACAAAAAGAAGGAAGAGAAUAAACUGGCUGAGUUAAAGGCGUUGCCAGAAAAAAAUGCAAAAGAAAUUGCAGAAUUGCAAGCUCUAGCAACACGCUUGGAAGCUGACCGAGUGAAAGAAGAGGCACAGAGGGACAAAAUCUUGGCCUCUUUACGAACUGACACAAAGAGCCUUCAGGAUGAUAAAGAUAAGCUCCAAGCCAAGCAAAUUGAUUUGAAGAAGACGGCUGAUGAUGCCAAAGCAAAGUGUGAUUUAGCACAGUCAGAGUAUGACAUUUAUUUAAGUACAGAAAGGAAGGAAAAAGCUAAGAUGGAGCAGUUGACUGCCAGUUUGGAGACAACAGAGGCAUCUUUGAAAGAAAAACAAAGGCAAAUCAAUGAGAUUAAAGGAACUUUGCCCAAAGACGAGGAGACUCUGAAAACAGCUGAGUCUCAGCUUUCAGAGUUACGGCCACAAGAAACAAGUGUCCAAGCAGAGUUGAGAACCAAAAGGAAUGAAGUUGAUGAAAAACGUUCAACGAUGCAAGCAAACAGAUCUCGCAACCGAGUCCUUGAUUUUAUUCUCCAGUUGAAAGCAGAAGGUCGUGUCUCAGGAAUUUUCGGCCGAUUGGGUGAUCUAGGUGCGAUUGAUGAAAAAUAUGAUGUUGCGGUUUCGACAGCCUGUGGAGCUCUGGACAAUAUUAUUGUUGAUACAAUCGAAAAUGUCAAUCAUUGUAUCCAAGCACUGAAGCAGCAAAAUGUAGGGCGAGCUACUUUCAUUGCCUUGGAAAAAAUGGAACAUCUUCGUCCAAAAACCAAACAAAAAGUCAACACUCCUGAAAAUGUGCCAAGACUCUUUGAUCUCAUGAAAAUUCCUGAUGAACGAAUGAAAACUGCUUUUUACUUUGGAGUUGGAGAAACACUGGUCGCAAAUAAUCUAGAUCAAGCUUCAAGGAUUGCAUACGAAAGUGGUGUAAGGCACCGAGUUGUCACACUCAAAGGAGAAAUUAUUGAACCUACAGGUACCAUGUCUGGAGGAGGCAACUAUGUGAUGAAAGGUCGUAUGGGAAGUUCAGUUAAAGACCUGGAAGUAAGUUCACCCGGAGAAAUGAAGAAACUGGAGUCAGUUGUUGAGAAACUGGAACAAAAGUUCCAGACCAUACGACAGCAAUUGCAUGCCUUGGAGGAAACGCAGUCAUACUUGUCCCCAAGAAUCAAAGCCAAUAAAACAAAUCUCAACAAAUACAAUAUGGAGUACGAGAUGCUGUCCAAACAAAUUCCCCUGCUUAAAGAACAAAUCAGCAAACAGAAAGAUGUUAUAGAAGAAGUAAAAGCAGAUCCAAAACAAGUGAAGCAGUUGGAGUCUGUCGUUCAGAAAGCAAAAAAAGAAUUUGAAAAAGCGAAUGAAGCUGCCAAAGAAAUUGAAAACGAGGUGAAAGAAGUACACUCAAAAAUCAUGGAGCUAACAGAAGGCAAGAUGAAAACUGCAAACAAAAAACUAGAUGAAGUAGUGAAGAAAUUAGACAAAACGAAUUCACAUGUCAACCAGCUAAGUGUUGGAAUCAAAACUGCUGAAAGGAAUGCAAAGAAAGCUGAAGACCGUAUUGACAAUUUAACUCAUGAGAUCGAAGAAGCGCAAAAUGCCAUGUUGAAAAUGAGUGAAGAGAAAAAGAAAAUGGAAGCAGAAGUAACACAACUAUUAGAAGAAACUGAAGCCAUAUCGAGGAAUAUUGUGGAGAAGGAAGACGAAGUCAAAGAGGCACAGAAAGGCCUUGCUAGUGUAUCCAAAAAUUCGAAUGAGCUCAAAGCAGCCAAACUCAAAGAAGAUCAGAAGGUUGAAACUGUCAAUGCCAAAAUCAAAGCUGUCAGAGACAAGAUUCCUCACUUGCAAAACAAUUUGAAAAAAUUGUCACUACACGAAAUUCCGGAUGUAAGCAUUAAGAAACAGGCCAAACCAACGAGCCCUCAAAGCAAUAAUGAGGAAAAGGACAAAGAGACUGAAGAAGAGAACGCCGAGAAAGAAGAGAAAGAAAAAGAUGAAGAAGAGAAUGAAGAAAAAGAACCAGAGAAGGAAAAUGAACUGCGCACUUACACGGAAGAGGAACUGGAGGCUUUCAGUGUCGAUGAUAUCCAAUAUCGGUUAACGCACUUGGACUCAGAGUUAGAGAAGAUGAAACCAAACUUAACUGUCAUCGAUGAUUACAAAAAGAAGACGGAGCUGUAUCUGAAGAGAGCAGGUGAAUUGGAUGAAAUUAAUGCCCGUUGCGCAGAAAUCCGUAAAUGGCAUGAGGAUGUCCGGAAACGUCGGCUAACAGAAUUUAUGGCUGGUUACAGUAUUAUCACAGAGAAACUGAAGGAAAUGUAUCAAAUGAUUACUCUAGGUGGUGACGCUGAGUUGGAGCUUUGCGACUCGCUUGACCCAUUCUCAGAGGGAAUAUCUUUUAGUGUUCGACCUCCAAAAAAAUCUUGGAAGAAUAUUUCAAAUCUUUCUGGUGGUGAAAAAACCCUCUCUUCUCUUGCUCUAGUCUUCGCAUUGCACUACUACAAACCCACGCCUCUAUACGUCAUGGAUGAGAUUGACGCCGCACUUGACUUUAAGAAUGUUUCUAUUGUUGGACACUACAUCAAGGAACGGACAAAAAAUGCCCAAUUUAUUAUAAUCUCGCUUCGUUCUAACAUGUUUGAACUAGCUGAUACGCUAGUUGGAAUCUACAAGACUUAUAACUGUACCAAAUCUGUUGCUAUUAAUCCUAAAUUCUACUCAGGAAGUCUACCAACUCAGCCACUGCCUGCCAGCCAAGUUGCCAUAUAAGAACAAGGAGAGAGCAGAGCUAGUAAUAUUGUGAUUUCUUAGCAAGUAAACUAUUUUUCUUCUCUUACCUAUUUCUUGUAUAAAAUGGACUUUUGUAGUCUUAUGUACAGACUUUAAGCCACCAUUCUUUCUUAACUUAUGAGUAAAAGUAAAUGCUCCUCCACAUUGAAUGCCUCACCAUCACACUUAAAACAAAAUCCCCGCGGUAUUCUAAUCAAUUCCAGUAAUGCUUUUUUUACUUUUUCGUAUGUGACUUAGCAAUAAUGUCUAAUGACGAACACGUUCAUACAGAAAAAGCGUCCAAGUCAUUGCUUCACUUUGCUUGCAAUUGAAAAGCCUAUUCUUCUUCUGAUCAUUCCAAUACAUAUCUUUAUAUCUGAAAUUUGUCAUCAGUAUGCAACCAUGUAACAAGUGUCUGUACUUUUUUCUUUAUUUUAGUAUGACUUCUAUUUCCGGGAAGAACCAGCGCAAAUAAUAGAAAUUAAGUCAUUUUUAUAAGUUAAAAUUCAAGUGAGACUUAGGGGAUUGAGUCAUCAGAUAGUAAUAAAUUAUUUCUCUGCGCACCCUUAAUAAAAAUCGCUGAGAUGCGUGUGUUCUGAAUUUCCGCAGAAGCUGGUUCUUCUUUGUCAAACCGAAUUAAAGAGCAUGAUGGUAACUGGGCAAUGCAUCAUGAGAAUUUUUUUGUUUGUUUUUACAAUUUCCAGUCAUUAGCAUCGCUCUAAGCUGUGUUUUUGUUUGUGAGUUGACUUAUUCAAGGAAAAUUAACGAAAAACACAGAAAUGUUGGAAAUAGAAGCAAUUAAAAAUCACAGAUUUUAUUUU